AUGCCGGAGUUCUCGCGUCAGGAACCACAGGACGUCAUCUUUCCUCUGGGGUCAUCACAGUCUAAAGUCAUCCUGAGCUGUGCUGCUGCUGGCCACCCUUCACCCCGCUACAGGCUGGAGGGAGGCAGUCUGGCCAUCACUAGCCCCCGCACAGAGCAAGAUGCCGGUGUAUACCAGUGCCUGGCCACCAAUCUCCUGGGGACCAUUCUGAGUCGGGAGGCAAGACUUCAGUUUGCAUAUAUUGAAGACUUCGAGACUAAAGCAAGAAGUGCUGUGUCCGUGAGAGAAGGCCAGGGCGUGGUGCUCCUCUGCGGCCGCCCACCACAUGUUGGAGACUUGUCUUACGCAUGGACAUUCAAUGGAAACCCCUUGAACACCCACGGCGACAACAGGCGGUUCAUCUCUCAGGAGACGGGAAACCUGUACAUCGCCAAAGUAGAGCCAUCGGAUGUGGGCAACUACACCUGCUCCGUCACCAACAAGGAGGCCCGGAGGAGCGUGCGCGGCCCACCGAGCCCCUUGGUGCAGCGAGCUGAUGGUGUGAUGGGGGAGUAUGAGCCAAAGAUUGAAGUGCGUUUCCCUGAGACUGUCCCAGCUGCAAAGGACUCGUCUGUAAAACUGGAAUGCUUUGCCCUUGGAAAUCCAGUCCCUGACAUUAGCUGGAGGAGGUUGGAUGGAAGCCCGAUGCCAGGCAAAGUCCAGCUGAGCCAGUCCCAAGCGAUCCUGGAAAUCCCCAGCUUCCAGCAGGAAGACGAGGGCUUCUACGAGUGUGCGGCAGGCAACCUGCGAGGAAGGAGCCUGGCAAAGGGUCAGCUCGUCUUCUACGCCCCUCCAGAAUGGGAGCAAAAGAUCCAAAACACACACCUCUCUAUCUACGACAGCUUGUUCUGGGAAUGCCGAGCAAGCGGACAGCCACGCCCCCGGUACACCUGGUUCAAGAACGGGGAGUCCCUGCACCCAGAGGAGAGAAUUCAAAUAGAAAACGGGACACUCAUCAUCACCCUGCUGAACACGUCCGACUCUGGUGUCUACCAGUGUGCUGCUGAAAACGAGCAUCAGACAAUCUAUGCAAACGCUGAACUGAGAGUUCUAGCGUCAGCUCCUGAUUUCUCAAAAAAUCCCAUCAAGAAACACUCAGUUGUUCAAGUUGGUGGGGACAUCACCAUCGAAUGCAGGCCGAUCGCUUUUCCCAAAGCAGCUGUGUCCUGGAGAAGCAGGACAGAGAGCCUGAGGCCGAGCCAGAGGGUGAUUCUCCUGGAGGACGGCAGCCUCAGGAUACACAGUGUCACCCGGGCCGACGCUGGGCCGUACACAUGCCUGGCCUCAAACCAGUUUGGCACUGCCAGGGACACUGGCCAGCUGGUUGUUAAAGAGAGGACUGUCAUCACAGUGCCACCUUCCAACGUGGACGUCACCGUGGGGGAGAGCAUCAUCCUGCCCUGCCAGGUGUCCCGCGACCCGUCCACUCGAGUGGCCUUUCUGUGGGCUUUCAAUGGCAACUUCCUAGACCUGAACAACGGCGCGGCCACCCACUUUGAAAGGGUUGGAGGUGAAUCUGUUGGGGACUUGAUGAUCCGGAACAUUCAGCUCCACCACUCCGGGAGGUACCUGUGCGCAGUACAGACACCCCUGGAAAGCGUGUCGGCGGGAGCAGACGUCAUCGUCAGAGGCCCCCCAGGUCCUCCGGAGGACGUGCGCGUGGGAGACAUCUCCAGCACCACUGCCCAGAUCAGCUGGAAUGCGGGCCCGGACCACAACAGCCCCAUCCAGAUAUUCACCGUGCAGGCACGAACGCCCUUUUCCGUGGGCUGGCAGGCUGCGGGGACAGUCCCAGAAAUCCUCAAUGGGCAGACAUUCAACGCCACGGUGGUGGGCCUGAGUCCCUGGGUGGACUAUGAAUUCCGAGUGGUUGCCGGGAACAGCAUUGGGAUUGGAGAACCGAGCAAGCCAUCCGCAGUGUUAAGGACGCGAGCAUCAGUGCCUGUGCUGGCUCCAGGAAGCAUUGAUGGCGGAGGCGGAAGCCGGUCUGAGCUCGUCGUCACGUGGGAGCCCAUUCCAGAGGAACUACAGAAUGGAGAGGGAUUUGGCUACCUGGUCAUGUUCCGGCCAGUGGGCUCAGCGGCUUGGACCAAGGCCAAAGUGGCAUCCGUAGAGUCCUCCAGGUUCACCUACAGAAACGAGAGCAUCGCUCCCCUGUCUCCCUUUGAAGUCAAGGUGGGCGUGUACAAUGACCAGGGGGAAGGACCGCUGAGCCCUGUGUCCAUCGUCUACUCUGGGGAGGAUGAACCCCAGCUGGCUCCCCUGGGAACUUCUGUCCUGAGUGUCUCUGCUUCUGAAAUGGAAGUCUCAUGGCAUGCCAUUGCCUGGAACAGAAACACAGGACGUGUGCUGGGCUAUGAGGUCUUAUACUGGACAGAAGACUCAAGAGAACGCAUGAUGGGUAAAGCGAGAGUCAGUGGAAAUGUCACGGCCAAGAACAUCACGGGACUCAAGGCGAACACUGUCUACCUCGCUUCCGUGAGGGCCUACAACACUGGUGGCACAGGUCCCUCCAGCCCCCCAGUCAACGUCACCACCAAGAAGUCUCCUCCCAGCCAACCACCAGCAAACAUUGCCUGGAAGCUGUCAAACUCUAAAUUGUGCUUGAAUUGGGAGCAUGUAAAAACCAUGGAAAAUGAAUCGGAAGUGUUAGGCUAUAAGAUUCUCUACAGGCAAAGCAGACAGAGCAAGAUGCAUAUUUUGGAAACGAAUAACACGUCGGCGGAGCUUCUGGUUCCCUUUGAAGAGGAUUACCUGAUUGAAAUAAGAACAGUCAGUGAUGGGGGUGAUGGGAGCAGCAGUGAGGAGAUCAGGAUCCCCAAGAUGUCCAGUUUGAGCUCCAGAGGAAUUCAAGUCUCAGGGUCCAGUGCCCAUCUGCUGUCCACUACCCUGACUGCCGCUGUUUUGCUUUCCAGCCACGUAUACAGUGAAUGA